UGUGUUUUUCGCUUAUUAUCCGUGCAAAAAGAGAUGGGUCUUCAAAAAUGGACAAAGCAAAGAUUCGAGUUUAGGAUGCAAUCAAGUGUGUCUCUCAUUGAAAUAGGCUAAUUCCAUCCAGACGAGUUGGUUUUGAAACACUCAUAGAAUGAACGCAGAUGGCCAGUUUAAUUACGUGACAUAAAGGAUACAGCUGCUCUAGCUGCAGUCACUGGUCAAUACAGCAACAGUAGCACAGGAAAUCGAAUAACAUGAAAUGUACCUCGUGUCCAGGCGUUGGUGAGCCGCCUUGUCUAUUACACUGGUGAAAUAAUUUAAAAGGAUGCUUUCAGGGCAGAGAUCAGUUUCCUGAAAACGUUCAGCACAGCCUACUCUGCACCGAUUGAUUAAAAUUAUAAACAUUGAGCAAUUUAUGGUUAUACUUACUCGGGCAGUUAUGUUGGAUUGUGUUUCAUGACAUUUUUAUUUUGUUCAAAAAGUGUAGAGAUGAAGGAUGCGAUUUUUUUGUUCAGGAUGGUUGGUUGAUAAGCGGGGCAUUUUAAAGCAAUACUGUCUUAACGCCCACAAUUUCACACAUGCACCCUGUAAUUUAUUCAUACGUAUUUCAUAUAUCAAGAGUAAACUACUCAAUUCAAAAACAAUGAAACUGAAGUGCUUAUAUCCAAGGUGACUAUGAAGAUCGACCAGGACUGUAAGCCUGAAUUACAUCAGUGACUGUAUACGCCUGGGUUUUAAUUAUUGCAUAACAGAGUGGGAUAGGCACGCGUUAAACUUCUAGCAGAAAACAUUUUGCAGGUGGUCGUAAACAACUGUUAAUAAAUUCGGCAAUAGUUUGAAUAUUUGAUUUGUAUUAUGUUACCGAUGCAACUGACUUGUUUUCUAUGUGACCUACUGACUAGUUUUGUAUAACAGUCUAGUCACUGAAGGUCGGGAAACAUCAUUGGUUCCUAACGAACGAAAUGAGAGAUUUCUGACGCUUGCGCUACACCUAUUCAACCUUGGCGGAUGAGUUAUGCAGACAAAACUAAGCGGUAUAAAUUCGGAAGAGGUUUAAGUAAAACAUGCAGUAGGCUUCUACAAGAGAUCUCGGUCAUGACAGCGCGCUUUGAUCCCCGGUGGAGACGCGACAAUAACCUGGGCGCAACUUUUCCGGAUCUCAGUUUAUGGGGAGCUGUCCAACACUUCAGCACACGUCUCAAUAUGAGCCACUCAUCCAGCAGCCAAGUAUCUGUCAGAACUACUAAAGCAAUAACUUCCUUAGAUUUACCAGAACGUGCUACUUUAGCAAGAAGAUUGAAUGAAUCAUAAGACACGUAGCUAUAUGGAUUUAGAAAAUGUGGAGAGAAGUUUGCAACGAUAUAGAGGGCACCAGCAUCUAACUGUUUGAUAUUUUUCCUACAAUAGAUCGUGGUAUCUCCAAUUCAAAGGGCGUAAAAUAGAUCAUAUAUCAACCAAAAACUGACACAAACAGUAUACCAAACACUUUGACAACAAAUAUGUGACACGACUUUAUUCUGCCAAUGGAGAAGUAUAUCUAAACUCAGGCAGAACUGGAAACAAGAUAAUUGUGCUGAAGAUGGAAAACGUAUCUUUGCAGUCUGUAACAUCAGAUUCUUCUUGUGUUAGUGGGUUGCACCAAUGUAAUGCAGAAAGCUACAACUCAACUAAUAUUACCACUCGGGGACCUAUUCCAAACUUUUACAUAGCGGUUCCCAUAAUAUAUUCAAUUAUAUGUGCAGUUGGACUGACGGGAAACACGGCUGUCAUUUAUGUCAUCUUAAAAGCCCCAAAAAUGAAGACUGUCACUAAUUUGUUCAUACUUAAUCUGGCAGUUGCUGAUGAACUGUUCACGUUGGUGUUGCCCAUCAAUAUUGCUGAUUACCUUCUUUUGCAGUGGCCUUUUGGGGAACUAAUGUGUAAACUUAUUAUUUCCAUCGAUCAGUACAAUACAUUUUCAAGCAUUUACUUUCUGACUAUAAUGAGUAUUGAUAGGUACCUUGUUGUUGUUGCUACUGUGAGGUCUAAAAAGAUGUCCUAUCGCACUUACAGAGCUGCCAAAAUAGUUAGCCUUUGUGUGUGGGUUUUUGUUACAAUUAUCAUUUUGCCUUUUACUGUUUUUGCCAAAAUUCAUAAUGACCGUGGUAGACUUCAGUGUGUUUUUGUGUUUCCCGAUCCAGAGAGCAGCUGGUGGAAAGCAAGUCGAAUAUAUACCUUAAUAAUGGGCUUCGCCAUCCCAGUAUCAACUAUUUGCAUCUUGUAUACCAUGAUGCUUUGCAAAUUAAGAAGCAUGCGUUUAAACACCAAUGCCAAGGCUCUGGACAAAGCCAAGAAAAGAGUGACGCUGAUGGUGGUCAUCAUCCUGGCUGUAUGCAUUUUCUGCUGGACUCCAUAUCACCUCAGCACUAUUGUUGCUCUUACAACAGAUAUUCAGCAGACCCCACUAAUCAUUGGGAUUUCAUAUUUUAUUACUAGUCUGAGCUAUGCUAACAGCUGUUUAAAUCCUUUUCUUUAUGCCUUUCUUGAUGACAGCUUCAGAAAAAGCUUUCGUAAACUGGUUGAAUGCAGAGCAACGCCAUAGUCCCUGAAUGUGCUUGCAACAGAUUUCACAGUAAUACAUUUUGCUUGUUUCCUGUCCCGCUAAGGAUUGCUUUGUCGUUGCAAGGGUGCAAUGCAGUUUCAGUUUGACCCUGCUGCCAUUAUUUUAAACAAAAACAAUUUUGUAUGAACAAAACAGCUAUUGUAUUGGGAUAUGGGGCUUUAUGAACUAGAACACUGCAUACGAUGUAAUGUAAUGUGCACUUAACAAAUAUAUUAUUUUUAAAAUUCUAUGUGUGGCUGAAGCGUGACUUCUCUACUGUAGAUACUCUACACCUCGUUGAGCUUAAACUGGACAAGGUGUCAAACAAUCCAGCUCAUUUUAACGAAGAUGAGCUCCUCUGUCACAAGUUUCCAAACUGCAAGACACUAUUCCAAAACGGAAUUACAUACCUGUAUAUUUUUAUGUGGUUGGAUGACUUAAAUUCAAGAGAAUUCUGGACAGUACAAGCCAGCAGUAUCCACUGCAAAUGACAAACUAGAACGUUUGGAACAUUAUUAUUCAGAUGUUUGUUAAAUAAUAUGGUAUCCCGGUCCAUACUUAAGUUUCUUGUACUUAUUUUCUCUAUAUAUACUUUCAGAUUGCCUGUCAAAUGCCUUAACUGUUGGACAAUAUUUUAGGAAUGCAGAAAUGUGCAUUUUAAGCAAUUUAAUUCGAUAUUGUUUUAAAAAAUCGUUAGCUUCAAAGGAAACAAUACAGUAGAAUAAAUUGCUAACUACAGUGCCCUCAGGGGCAGAACAGUAAUUUACUCAACUAUGUUUAGAAGCAGUAAAAUGUUAAGUAUCGGAUGCUUUUACUGCUUUAGAAAUGUGACACAUAACCGAGUAAUUAGUCAGAUAAGACAGACAGUUUAGUUGUCAACACUGUAAAAAUAAGAGCGAACAAGUAAAUGAAAUGUCCGAAUACAUAACACGCCUUGAAUUAAAAUCGCCCCACAUUUGAGUAAUUCUAAACAGAGCAUAAGAAACCAAAUAAAGGGGUUAAUCAGUGCCUUGGUUAAAGUGGUGUGUGCGCUUAAUUGUUUACGCAGAGCUUUGCCUUGUUAACAGCUGCAUGCUAAUAACGUGAUAUGGAAUGCCUCUUUAAUGUUUUACUUUAAUCGUGUAAAUAACUAAGGUGAAACAAAAGUAAUCUGUCGCUUAACUAGGGGUGUAGGAGGGGUGCAGACAGGAUGUGGCAAGUUUUGGUUCUGGAAGAAAUUAGUCAUCCGUUGUACACAAAGCUUUUGGAAGGUAUUUGACCAUUCUGGAAAUGAGUGUUAAUGAAGGGCAUACAGAGUAUCCACUGAGAGGGGGGUGGGUGACUAGGAACGGUUAUUACCAUAAAUUACUGUAAAGAAACUGUGAAGGAUUGUUGGUGCCCACACCUCCACACCCUGUGGAAAUCUACGGUUUCCAAAUCAAAGCUGUAGUGGUGCAGUCUAUCUCGUAUACUGUAACAUUUUCAACUAACACUCGACCAACUGUAUAGUCAUUUAACAGUAAUUUUAUUCACCAUAAAUUUGCGUGACUACAAGUUAUGUGUUUGAAACUACACGGUGUAGUAUUUAAAUAUUUCAGCAACCAGUUGUAUAUUACUACCUGUGAUUUUCUUCAUCAGGUACACCUUGAAAUCCUGCUUUCGAUUUUUUAACUUGCAUACUGAAGCAUUAAAGCAUUACAGUUGGCGACUUUUUGUGUACUAAGUGAGAAAACAUCUGUUACUUUAACUGGAACUACGAUGUUACAAUAAAGCGAUCUACAAUUGCA